UAUAAAUGUUGAUUUUGAAGAAAUUAUAAAUUUCCCCAAAAUUCUAGAAACGAAAGACGAGUCGUCCCACCUGCUUUGGUCAACCAAAACCAAUCCCUUCUUCCUCGAGCCAUCAUCAUCUCUUCAUUCAUUCAUUCAUUCAUUCAUUCAAAGACGUACAACUUUUCCAAAAAGAACCCUCUAGACCCUCAUUCAUUUAUUUAUCCCUAAACCCCCUAACCCCACCUCUAAUUCAUCUCUCUCUCUCUCUCUCUCUCUCUCUCUCUAUGGGAACACUUUAAAUACAUCUAGGACUAGGAAGGUGACAUAGUUCCCAACAGCUCCACUACAAGAACUCUCACUCUCUCUCUCUGUCCUAUGGGAACACUUGUGGGUCAUGUUGCACCGGGGUUUGCCUUCUUGGCACUUGGGCUAUGGCACAUAUUCAACCACAUAAAACUAUUCUGCCUUCACCCCAAAACCUACACUUCAUCGCCGUGGUUCCCAGCUUCUAAGCUCAGACACUUGGAGCUCUACCUUAUCAUGGUGGGUUCUUCCAUCUCCAUAGCCAUGGAACUCUUCAUUGGACCCAAGAAACACCAACCCUUCGACUCCGACGGCACCAUACCGUCGAACCAUCUCCACAAUUUCGAGCACUCUUCCAUUUCCAUGACGUUUUUUGCCUACGCGGCCUUCGCCCUUGUUUUCGACAAGACCGGUCCUCGAGCUUCGUACGGACUCACCAACUUGGUCGGAGCCAUUGCCUUUGCUCAGCAGCUCUUCCUUUUCCAUCUUCAUUCCGCCGAUCACAUGGGCGUUGAAGGACAGUACCAUUUGCUUCUGCAGUUCGUCAUCUUCGUCUCUCUCGUCACCACUCUUAUGGGAAUCGCCAUGCCCAAGAGUUUCUUGGUGAGUUUUGUGAGGUCAUCGAGCAUAAUAUUUCAAGGAAUAUGGUUCAUAACGAUGGGCUACAUGCUUUGGACGCCGAGUUUGAUCCCAAAGGGAUGUUCUCUCCACCUCGAAGAGGGUCACCAAGUGGUCCGAUGCUCGAGCCACGAAGCCUUACACCGAGCCAAGUCGUUGGUCAACAUCGAGUUCAGCUGGUCGCUUGUCGGAAUCACGAUCUUCGUCAUGUCCCUUUACUUGGUUCUUUACCGGGUUUACGGUCAAAACGUCGAGUACUCAGCGUUGACCACCAAAGACCAGACGGAACAAGACCGUGAAGAACAGGACAUCGAGUCGCAGAAAUUAAGUAACCCGAGUUUUGUCCAAAUGGGUAAACUGUUUGGACAUCGGGACAUGGAAAGGUGAGGAGAAAUUUGGCAGAGAUGAUAAUUACUGUCCGUACGAUGAUGAUGGUGACGGUGACGGUGAUGAUGAUGAUGUGGUCAUGCAUCUAAAUUUGUACAAAAUAAUAAUCAAGGGGAAAAAAGGUGUGGUUGUAUAAAUUCAAAGCCCAAAUGGGCUCGAUUGAAAUUAGGCAAUUUAUUUUAGUUUCUAUAGAUACACAUAUAUAGAUUAAAUUGCAAUAGACAGUCACUCAAGCUAUAGUGAACUUUGCGUCGAUU